AUGCCGUCGCCAUUUUUAACCCCCGGCUCCCACUCGAGCCUCGACCAGCUCGCCCUCCUCCACCUCCGUCGCGACCACGCCAUCCCGACUGUCCUCCGCCUCCACGACGAUGAAGAUGCAGGCUACAAGGAGGGCAAGGUAGAGACCACCCGCUUCGGCUCUUUCCCCCACACCACUCUCACCGGCCAGCUAUGGGGCUCGCAGAUUGGCGCCUCCAAGGUCGACACUGGAUCGCGCCGCGGCCGAGGACCUCAGAAGAAGAACCAGAAGCUCAAGCGGAAAGUUGACGAGAUCGAUUCGGCCACCCCGGGCGAGUCUCCCAAGGCCGCCGUCGCCGCAUCCAGCGGUUUCCUUCACCUUGUCUACCCGACUCCUGAACUCUGGACGACUUCUCUCCCCCACCGCACGCAGGUCGUCUACACCCCGGACUACAGCUACAUUCUCCACCGUCUGCGCGUUCGCCCCGGAUGCACCGUUAUAGAAGCCGGAGCGGGUAGCGGAUCGUUCACUCACGCGGCUGUCCGGGCAGCCUUCAACGGAUACCCCACCGACGAUGCGCCCACGACGAAGAAGAGAAGACUCGGCAAAGUAUGCAGUUUCGAGUACCACGAGCAGCGCGCGGGCAAGGUGCGCCAGGAGAUACACGAGCACGGUCUGGAUGGACUCGUCGAAGUGACGCAUCGCGACGUCUACAAGGAUGGUUUCCUGCUCAAGGACCCCAAGACGGGCACUUCUCCCAAGGCCAAUGCCAUCUUCCUGGAUCUGCCUGCGCCCUGGCUGGCUCUCAAGCACCUCGUCCGCCACCCGUCCGAUGGCGGGGAAUCCCCACUUGAUCCUACUUCCCCGGUAUACCUGUGCACGUUCUCGCCCUGCCUGGAGCAAGUCCAACGAACUAUCAGCACUCUCCGUCAGCUCUCCUGGCUCUCGAUAUCCAUGGUGGAGGUGAACCAUCAUCGCAUCGAAGUGAAACGGGAAAAGACGGGUCUAGAGUACGAGCGCGUCCGCGGCGCAGUAGUGUUUCCGAAGGAUGUCGACGAGGCGGUCGCCAAAAUGCGUCACGUCGAGGAACAUUCACGGAAGUAUCGCGAGAUGAUGCAUCAGCUAGACGACGAAGAAAGCACACCCAUGCCCGCCUCCACGAAACCAGAACCCGAGAAAGAAGAAGUCCCCGAGACUGACGCAUCUACUCCUCAAACCUCGAAUAUCCCACCCUACAAGCAAGGCCGCCUGGUCCACCGCUCCGAGCAGGAUCUGAAAACGCAUACCUCCUACCUCGUUUUCGCUGUUCUUCCCCGCGACUGGACCGAAGAAGACGAGCAGAGAUGCCGCGAGAAGUGGCCUCCGCACCAAGUCGACCUGACCCAGCCCGAAAAGCCCAAGGGAAGAAAGCAGCUCAAGCGGGAACGCAAAGAGCGUCUAGAGGAGGAGCAAAAGAAACAGCAACAGGAAGACCAGCAACCACAACAACAGGAAGAGCCAACACCAGCGCAAGAGCAAGCAAAUGCUGCCGAACAAGCUUAA